AUGGCGCCCACUGCCGUGACAGGCCUUGCGCUGCUCUUGGCUCGGGCCGGCCUGACCGACGCCCUGUCUAUGAGGGAGUCGGACCCGACGUUUCAGAUGAGCGAGGCCGACACGAGCGCCGAGCCCACGAACCAGGCCGAGCACGGUCGCCCCGAGAAGAGGAUCGCGUACCAGACGCAUCGCGACGUCGAGGACGCGGACGAGCUCGAGGCGCACAAGCAGAUCUACCACAGGGCCGGGGAGGUGCUGGGCGGGUCCCAGAACAUUCGGCACAUCCUGCAGUUCGUCAUGUCGCACCCGCACGCCCCGGUGCUGCCCCACGGCGGGUGCCUGUACCUCCCCAGCGACAGGGUCUGGGCGGCCUUCUACAGGCACGUGGAGCACCCGGUGCCGACGCUCUUCGGCGACAUGAUCGCCAACUCGUACUACCCGGGCUGCAACCAGACGUCGGUGUCUGGCCUGCGGCUCCCGCCUUCGUGCGGCCCCGGCUCCCUGGAGGGCUCCCGGGGCUGCUUCCGCGUGGCCAGCCUCGGCAGCGCCGCCGGCGUCGAGGUCUACGAGACCAGCGGCCACCUCGGGCUGCCGGACCAGUGGUCCUACCACAUCGCGCACACGCAGCCGAGGCACCUCAGGAGGGCCAAAGAGGGCGGCAGCAGGGGGAGCAAGUGCGGCCGCGAGCUGCCCGAGGUGCCCAAGGCUCACAGGCUGGAGAUCCCGACGAGGUACGUGGUGUGCCAGAAGUCGGACGCCGACCGAACAAUCACCGAGGAGCACGUGAGGGAGCAGAACAGGUGGGCCAACGAGGCCUUCAGCGGCAAGUCGCCCUGGAAGGAGAUGAGCUUCGAUGCCGCGCACCCGCCCUCCGUGGACAUGCAGAUCAGCUUCAAGCUCGUGAACAUCUCUAUCGUGACCGACAUCGCGUGUGCCCGCCAGGGGUUCACGAACACGCGGCUGAUGCACAAGUACAACGAGCACGCGGAGAACUUCUUCACCGUCGUCAUCAUCACGAACGACCAGUCUGGCGUCCUGGGGCAGACCGAGUUCCCGCACGACCUGGCAGAGGAGGACCCGGAGAACAUGGUCGUGGUGUCGUCCGUUGGGUUCCGGGGCGACGCUUCCAGGUAUAACGGAGACAUGAUGUACGACGAGGGGGACACGGUGGUGCACGAGGCGGGCCAUGGAUUCGGCCUGUACCACACUUUCGAGGGCAGCUGCGGGGGACGCGGCGACUACGUCGACGACACGCAGGAGGAGGCGAUGCCGCACUACGACUGCGUCAGCGACCGCUCUUGCGGCGGAGACACGGAUCCGGUCCACAAUUUCAUGGACUACUCCCCCGACACGUGCAUGGUGGGCUUCACGGAGGGCCAGAAGCGCCGCGCGUGGUGCGAGCUGGAGAACCACCGCUCUGGCCUCUACCAGCAGUCUUUGAAGAAGGCGGCGGGGAGCUCGUCGUACUGA